AUGAGCAAGUAUGCAAACUACUCAGCCCUGUCUCCAUCAUUUUCACUGCUGUCCAAGCUGCCAGCCUGAAAGAUCCUCCUGCUGGCGGCCCAGUGCUGGACACUGUCUGCCUUCUCCCUCAUCUCUGUCCUGACCCACACUGGCUUCAUCCCCCAACUGGAAGCCAGGGUGUACAGCUUCCCUGAGAGCCAGGGUGAGAAGGUGGGGCAUGAGCUGAAGGAGCAUAUUGAGCACAAGUUCCACAAGUGGCAGGAGCCCGCCCCGGUCAAGCAGGUAAAGCUGCUACCAGUGCUGCUGGACGGGCAGAGGAUGAAGAGAGGGAGCAAGGAGUACCAGCAGAUGAAGGAACACUUGGAGAUCCACAAACAGACCAACAGGAUGAGCUUUGGGGAGAUCGAGGAGGACACCUACCAUGAGGACUUUGGGUUCAUCCCGGACCACCUGGGCAAGGCUGGCAGCGGCUGCGUGUUCCAGACCCAGGCCAAGGAGGCCACCAAGGCCCAGACCAGAAAAGCCCUGCAGAGGACCCUGCAGAGGAUCCUGCAGAAGCUGAGUGUUUUCUACAGGGGCAAAUCCGUGAUUCGGGAGCCCAGCUCAGAGGCCUCAAGCAUGGCCUUCAGCCCCCCGCAGGGGAUCAAGAUCAUGAACCCGCAGGCAGCCAAGAUGGCUGAGGCAAACCAGAAAUAUUUCUCCAGCAUGGCCUAGCUCCUCAAGGUCAAGGAGGAAACAAGUGGGGCCCCCUAUCCUCCUGAGCCCCCUGGAACCCCCUAA